AUGGAUCCUAAUCAAUUUAAUUAUCAACAAUCUAUGUUCAAUUUCAUGCAAAAUUAUCAAAAUCCUAAUCCUCAAAAUCCUCAAUUCUCAUCGAUGCCAACAAACUCCGCCGCAUUUUUUUCCGACACCAACCAGAAACACUCUGCCGCAUUUUUUCCGUCACCAAACUCCGCCCUAUGUUCAACAGUCUAUGGAAUUUUUUCGUCAUGA